GACACCAACGAUGACGACUUCCAGCCCUUCACAGUCAAUAUCGGUCUCUGAAUCUCUAUCUUCGCUGUCAUCACGUAUACAUUCGUCCAAGGCGCAGGCGGAAGUCUCUCUGAACAAGGCACAGGAUCAGCUGUACGUUGCCAGGCCAUUUUUGCCUACCAACUGCCUGAAUCACAUGGUGUCGAACCAUGCAAGUCUAAAGGCUGCACACGCGGCGUUCGUAUUAGACUAUGAAAAACGAAAAUCACUGCGACGGCAGAAAAGGGAAGUCUGCUUUGAAAGCGAUUACGGAUACGACGAAGACUUGGUAGAGCCAGAGCCCAAAAGACGACGGUUCCAGCGCCGCAAUUCGAAGACUCCACAAAUGCUCAUGGCCAUGAGUCCUUCAUUGCUUUCCCUGGAUUUUCUGGAUAAAGACAAAAAUGAAGGCCAAAUGAAGACAAUAUCGGAGAUACCAUUAUCGUUUAGUGACGACGAGGAUGAUGACGCCUGGGACGGUGGGCUAGAAAUUGCAGAAGAACUCGUCAAACAUCUACAAAAACGAAGAGAUUCUCAAAUUGCUUAAUUUCACAAGCAGCUGGUGCCACG